CAGCCGCGGGCCUAUAAAGCCUGCCUGCGGCCGCCAGGGGCCAACGAACCGACAACCGACCGGGCUGCCUGCCCAAGGACAACGGGCUGGGCUCCGGAGCCUCCACGCUCCUCUCCAGCGUCCCGCGAAGGUCCCGAUUCCACCCCCAAGUCCAGAGUCGCUGCCGCCCCCCAGCCGUGAGCGCAUCCCGGAGGCUGGCGGAGCUGCCCUCCCAGGGACGGGGGACGGGUCUGCUCAGAGGACACACGCGGGUGGCCAGCGGCAGCCGCGCAGGUGCCCGGGAGUGAGGGGCUCGGGUGUGGCGGGGACACAGCCGCAGACCCAGAGGCCAGGCAGAAGCGCAGGCCAGAGCGCAGGCGCCGACCUCCACCUCCGGUUGCACAAGUGCCCCUGGGACCUGCUCCGCUUUUACAGAUGCCUGGCUCACUUCCAAGGGCAGCACCUUUCCUUCUCAAGAUGGAUCUCCCAUUAAAAACCGGUUUCUGGGAGCCCUGCGGCAAAGCCUGAGAGCCCGGCUGUCCCUCCGGGCGCCCGGCCCCGGCAUGGAGACGCCGCCGGGCGCCUGCAACGGCUGCUCCACCGGCCUCGAGCUGCCCCGCACGCUGGCCAACGGCUCGGCCGCGCUCUCGGAGCAGCAGCAGUACGCCAUCGGACUCUUCCUCUCCUGCCUCUACACCAUCUUCCUCUUCCCCAUCGGCUUCGUGGGCAACCUCCUGAUCCUGCUGGUGAAUAUCCGCUUCCGGGAGAAGAUGACCGUCCCCGACCUGUACUUCAUCAACCUGGCGGCCGCGGACCUCAUCCUGGUGGCGGACUCGCUGAUCGAGGUGUUCAACCUGGACGAGCAGUACUACGACAUCACCGCGCUCUGCACCUUCAUGUCGCUCUUCCUGCAGGUCAACAUGUACAGCAGCGUCUUCUUCCUCACCUGGAUGAGCUUCGACCGCUACCUGGCCCUGGCCAAGGCCAUGCGCUGCGGCCCGUUCCGCACCAAGCCCCGCGCGCGGCUGAGCUGCGGCCUCAUCUGGAUGGCCUCCGUGUCCGCCACCCUGGUGCCCUUCACCGCCGUGCACCUGCGGCACAGCGAGGACGUCUGCUUCUGCUUCGCCGACGUCAGGGAGGUGCAGUGGCUGGAGGUCACGCUGGGCUUCGUGGUCCCCUUCGCCAUCAUCGGCCUCUGCUACUCGCUCAUCGUCAGGGUCCUGGUGACGGCGCACCGGCACCGUGGCCUUCGCCCGCGGAGGCAGAAGGCGCUGCGCAUGAUCCUGGCCGUGGUCCUGGUCUUCUUCGUGUGCUGGCUGCCCGAGAACGUCUUCAUCAGCGUGCACCUGCUGCAGCGUGCGCCGCCCGGGGCCGGGCCCUGCCAGCGGUCCCCCCGCCACGCGCACCCGCUGGCCGGCCACGUGGUCAACCUGGCCGCCUUCUCCAACAGCUGCCUCAACCCCCUGGUCUACAGCUUCCUCGGGGAGACCUUCCGAGACAAGCUGCGGCUCUACCUGGAGCAGAAGACCGGCCUGUCUGCCCUGAACCGCUUCUGCCACACGGCCCUGAAGGCGGUGGUCCCGGACAGCGCCGAGCAGGCCGAGGUGAAGUUCAGCAGCGCCGUGUAGGGGGCGGGGCGGGGCGGGGCGGGGGGGCGGGAAGGGCCAGACGCCGU